CUGCCGGCACAAAAGCCAGUCGACGCCAUGCUGUGGAUCAUUCUGGGAGCUGCCGCCUUGGCCGGCCUUUCAACUUCUCAACUGUGCACGGACAAUGUGCGGAGAUUCUGCGGGACGAGCCCCGCGACGGCUUGUAUGAAUGACCGUUGCUCGAUAGCGGAAUCGAGCGAGUUCGAUGAUAGCUUCAGGCGGCAGAUCGUCGAUGCUCACAACCAAUACCGCCGAGAACCAUUCAACGGCCAGGAUGCGACGAACAUGCUCGAGAUCAGCUGGGACGAUGAACUCGCGCGGACUGCAUUGAACUGGGCGCAUCAGCUGUGUAUCGCGGACAACGUUUUCGGUCCUGGCCAUGACAGAUGCAGGGUGACUCCGUCCUACAGCAGCGUCGGACAGAACAUGGCUUGGGGCGCAGGCGGAUCGUGGGGGUUGAGCUCGGUGCUCGCGAACAAGACCGUCGACAUGUGGUACUCGGAGCAUAAGCUGGCGACGAGCGCUGACCUGUUCCCUUUCGGCGCGAAGAUGGCCAUCGGCCACUAUACUCAGCUGAUUUGGGCUCGGAGCCACAAGAUCGGAUGUGCUUACAUCGUCAGAACUCAUCCGUACGGAAAACAGUCCUGGAUUAUCUGCAACUACGCCAAAUCCGGGAAUCGUGUGGGACAAGACGUUUUCGAAAGGGGGACACAGGGCUCGAACUGUCCCUCCGGUUCGACGCGAGACUCCACGGGGCUGUGUCGAGUUUCGAACGAUGCCCAACUGCGAAGUGCGCUCGGAAUUCAAGAGCCCUGA